AUGAUGAUGGCUAGUGCGAAAAUGGUACGGGACUGUUCUGAGCUGAGUUCAGAUAUAAGAUCGCUUUCAGUAGAGUCCUCUGCUGAGGAACAAGAGUCCACUACAACGGAAUCAGAAUAUUCGGAAGAGGAGAAGGAGUAUGAACUGGAUGAUCUUCAAAUUCUCAAAACUAUCGGUACUGGUACCUUCGGCCGUGUCUGCCUCUGUCGAGACAAAGCAGCAGAUGAAUAUCUAGCAAUGAAGAUUCUGUCGAUGGCUGAUGUCAUACGCUUGAAGCAGGUCGACCACGUCAUGAACGAAAAGAAUAUUUUGUCGGAGAUCAAUCACCCUUUCAUCGUUAAUCUACGAUGGUGGACCCACGAUGACUGCUGUAUCUACAUGCUCUUCGACUACGUGUGUGGUGGCGAGCUUUUCUCCUACUUAAGAAACGCUGGCAGAUUUAGUAACAAUAUUGCAAACUUUUACGCAGCGGAAAUCGUCUCAGCAUUAGAAUAUCUCCACGCGCGCAAUAUUGUGUACAGAGAUUUGAAGCCGGAGAAUUUAUUGUUGGCAAAAGAGGGCCACUUGAAGAUUACAGACUUUGGCUUCGCAAAGAAACUUACUGACCGCACUUGGACCCUUUGCGGUACGCCAGAGUAUCUGGCCCCCGAAAUUAUACAGAGUAAAGGACAUAAUAAGGCGGUGGAUUGGUGGGCUUUAGGUGUACUUAUAUACGAGAUGCUAGUCGGUUAUCCUCCGUUCUACGACGACAACCCAUUCGGAAUAUAUGAGAAGAUCCUCAAUGGCAGAGUUGACUGGCCGCGCCACCUCGACCCGGUUGCCAAGGACAUUAUAAAGAAGCUCUUGGUGCAGGACAGGACGAAGAGACUCGGAAACAUGAAGUGCGGUUCAGAAGAUGUUAAGAGACAUAGAUGGUUCAAACACCUAGAUUGGGCAGAUGUCUACAUGAAGAAGUUACAGCCUCCCAUCGUGCCGUCGGUGUCUUACGAAGGCGACACUUCAAACUUCGACGAAUACCCCGAAACCGACUGGAAGGCUGUCCGCUCUCUGGACCCAGACGAACUCAAGCUCUUCGUUAACUUCUGA